CGACACGCUCGUUCGCCUCGGCUCGGAAAUCGCGUGAUUAGGGGGAAUUGGAAAGCUUGAAUCAGUCAGGGGUUUCUCGAGGCAGUGCAGAGGCCCACCACAAAGACCAGACAUCCGUCUUGUCCACACCACACUCGACAUCCUCAGCCACAUCUCCCCAGUUCGAACGCCAUGAAACUCUCGAUAGUCCAGGCCGCCAUCGGCUCGGCCUCGGUACUUCUCUCCGCCCAGCCAGUUUCCGCCAACCUCGGCCACAGGCACGCACAUGUUGAAUAUGCCAGGCGACAUGGCCACGGGCACGGCCACAACCAGCUCCAGGCCGGCGAGGUCGUUGGCGCCCCCAAGGUCGCCGCGAGGAAGGCCCCAUGCUCUCUGCCGGAUGAUGCCGAUCUGGUACGCGUCCCAGGAAAAGUCAACAACGGGUUCGCCAUGAGUCCGGAUGAGCCAUGCGAGGAUGGGAAGUGGUGCCCCAUCGCCUGUGUGUCGGGCAAAGUGAUGGCGCAAUGGAAACCGAACACGACACAGGUCUACCCCGAGUCGAUGUAUGGCGGGCUGUAUUGCAACGGUGGGGAGGUUGAGAAGCCGUUCGAUGGCCCUUACUGCGUGGACGGCACAGGUGCGGUCAAGGCCGUGAACAAGGCGGGCAAGAUCGUGUCCUUCUGCCAGACGGUCCUGCCGGGCAACGAGGCCAUGAUCAUCCCGACCGACGUCACAGACUCAGCAACCCUGGCUGUUCCGGGGCCGGACUACUGGCAGGGGACUUCAGCACACUACUACGUCAACGCGCCCGGGAUAUCUGCCGCGAUAGGUUGCAUCUGGGGGUCGCUGAGCAAGGCGCUUGGCAACUGGACCCCUUACGUCGCCGGAGCCAACACCAUGGCCAACGGAGACACGUUCGUCAAGAUUGCCUGGAACCCCGAGUAUCUGAAGGUGCCGCUGGCCAAGAUCACUCCAUCCUACGGCCUCAAGAUCGAGUGCCCCGACGGCGGCUGCAACGGCCUGCCCUGCUCCAUCGACCCCUCCAAGGGCGGCGUCGGCAGCCUCGAAAGCUCCAACAAAGCCACCAGCGUCGGAGGCGACUCCUUCUGCGUCGUGACCGUAGCCAAGGGCAAGACGGCUAACAUCGUCGUCUUCAACACCGACGGCUCGCAGAGCGGCGGCGGCGACGACGACGACGACAGCGAGAGCGACAGCGAAAGCGACAGCGAAAGUGACGACGAGCCCGAGCCCACCUCGGAACCGCCCAAGCCGCCCAAGACCACGAUCCGCGCCAAGCCGACCAGCACCCGGGCACGCACCACGGCCGCCUCCCCGUCCCCCUCGUCCAAAGCCACGCCCUCCCCAUCUGAAUCCACCUCGUCCGAGGCCUGGUACGGCGGUAUCUUCCAGGAGCAGGACGUGCAGGGCGACACGUCCUUCUACACGACGCCCAGCCCCACCGCCGCCCAGCCCGUGCGCACCCCGACCCCCGACGCCGUGAAGCAGGCCGCGCCCACCUCCACCAACGAGGGCGCCGCUGCCGCCGAGGGCGGGUCCGCCAUCGCCGGACUGGUGGUCGCGCUCGUGGCUGCUGCCGCGCUGUUCUAAGCCCCCCCCUUGCUGGUGGUGGCGAUUCUUCUUUUCAACAAACCCACCCGAGUCCGAUCCCGUCUGCUUUGGAUGUUUCCAUCCAUCACCGAUGGCGGAAUCGGGCCACUUAAUUGCUAUUUUUAUAGAGACGCCUUAUAUCCCGCGGUUUGCGCCUGCGUUAUUGUUUAUUAUUUUUUUCGGCAGAACUCCGAAAUCCUUCGCCGAUGACGGUCCCCGCGGU